GGUCACUAUAAAUCAAUCCUUGUUCUUGGAUUUUUAGUCUAAAUAAAAUGGUAAAGUGCCUGAUUUCAUUUCCUGGGCAACAAACUCGCUGCAUUCAGCUGGGUGAAGAUUUUUUGGCAAGGAACGACAAUGGAAUCUCUCAAGGUGGUCGUUCGGCACGUCUUAUGACAUCCAUGGUAAAUGUUAAGGAUGAAAGUGUUUGUACCACUGAUGAUAAUAGCAACAUGGAUGCAAAUUUCUUUUAUUCUCUGAUAAAUGCCCUGUAUGGCAUUAGCAUGGACCAGUUUUAUCUCAUAAUCAACGGAAAGUACGUAAGUAAGGCUCAAAUGUGUAGUAAAAGGGACUAUUAUGAGCAUAUAGAUAGAUCAGGUCCAAAUAAUUGGCACUGCAGCAUGGAUCGGCCCCUGCAUUCUUCUGUGCCAAAUGAUUACUUCCGGGAAUCUUCAGGGAAUGAGCGGCUAGAGUUUGAAAAAUAUUAUGUAAACAGUAUGGUUGACGCUGUACCAAUUAGCGUAGCUGUAAAAUGUAGGAUUUUAGGUGGGAAGGGAGGCUUUGGAGCCAUCCUCAAAAGUCAAGCUGGAAGGAAGAAGCAGAGCACAAAUUUAGACUCUUGCAGAAAUCUACAAGGUCAGAGGAUAAGAACUGCACGUCUUUCUGCGCAAGCUAAGGCAUGGGAAGAUAAGCAGAAUAAACAAGACCUUUCUGAUGAAGCCUUAAAGCUGCCAAAAAAACCACAACAGGACCCAGUAGAUGUGAUCAACACACAAAACAACUCCAAGAAGAUUGUAAAGAAGGAGAUUAAAAAGAUGAAGAAGCAAGUCCAAAUAGGAGUACAGGAAAUGGGAAAAAAACAAGUCAAGGAGGAAGAUACUGACAAAAUCCUAGAGACUUGCCUAGAUAUUUACGGGCUCUAGUUGCCACCUUUGAACUAUCGUAACUCUUUU